CAUAGCAGUCACUAAUUCAAUCCUGUGACUCUUCUACUGCAGCCUAGAGACUAUAGAACUCUGAACUAGGCAGAAGGAGAGGAUGAUGGAAAGCAAUAUCUCACAAAGACCCAAAUGACAUUUGAGAGAAUGACCUCUUCAAGAAGGAAGAUCCAUACAGCACACCUGUAAGUCCCAGGACCUGGCAACCUGAUGAAAACAGGCUGGUGGAGGCUACAUCAUAACUUGGUUUCUGCUGCUGUGAACCAUCUUAUCUCCCCAUCCUUGCAUAGAAACCUGCGACCAUGAGGAGCAGCCUCACUCUAGUAGGCACCUUCUGGGCCUUCCUGUCUCUAGUUACUGCUGUGGCCAGUUCUACCAGUUACUUCCUUCCUUACUGGUUGUUUGGAUCACAGCUUGGAAAGCCAGUAUCUUUCAGCACAUUCAGAAGAUGCAACUACCCUGUGCGGGGAGAUGGGCACAAUCUGAUCAUGGUAGAAGAAUGUGGGCGCUAUGCCAGUUUCACCGCCAUACCAAGCCUGGCAUGGCAGAUGUGCACGGUGGUGACAGGUGCUGGCUGUGCUCUGCUGCUCUUGGUGGCGCUGGCUGCCGUCUUAGGAUGCUGCAUGGAAGAACUCAUCUCUAGAAUGAUGGGACGUUGCAUGGGAGCUGCACAGUUUGUAGGAGGGCUGCUGAUAAGCUCAGGCUGUGCAUUAUAUCCUUUAGGAUGGAACAGCCCGGAGGUAAUGCAAACAUGCGGGAAUGUCUCCAAUCAAUUUCAGUUAGAUUAUAUCACAACCAGUGAGGAUAGCAGAGAAGAAAUGGGUAAAGGACCCAUUGAAUCACCUCCUAAGUCAGAAGUUGUAAUAUUUAAUAAAAAGGAUAAAGAUUCUAAGCAACAUCCUAAGGCAAGUAAUAGCUAA